CAGGCGCGGGCAGAGAGAAACUAAUGGAGGUUCAGAACAUGGGACUUGGCUGGCUGCAAUAUGUGCCUGAAUGGGCUGUCAACCAAGAUAUGAUGGUUGCAUUAGCAUCAUCAUAUAGUCGGGAUGAGAAUUCCUUGAUCGUCGGAACAAGAAAAAUUCCCAUAUCAGUUGAAUUAAUUGCACGGUGUUUUGGACUACCGAACCAUGGGGAUAGUUUCAAAAGUCCAAAAAUAGUAGCAGAGCACCGACUUGUUAACAGCUUCACAGGAAAGACACAAGCAGAUUUGAAAAGGGAUGUUAUCACAUGCUCGAUGCAGUCCGAUGUCGAUAGAAUCAACUUCCGGAGACAGUUCAUCAUGUUGAUAGCCAAGUGUUUCUUCUUUCCCUCGCCGAAAGCCACUGUUUCAGACAUACAUAUACGCACUGCCAUUGAUGUGCAUUUAUGA